AUGGCACAAGUACCUGUUUCUGCUGAAGUUCUUCAGCAACUUGCUCCUGUACUUUCUAGUCUUUUGUCUUCUGAUAAUAACCAAAGAGCUGCUGCUGAAUCUCAAUUGAACGAUCAUUGGGUUGCUCAACAACCUGAUCUUUUACUUCUUGGACUUGCUCAAUUUGUAGCAAAUAAUAAUGAAGUUCAGCUUCGUUCUCAUUGUAGUGUGCUUUUACGUCGUUUAGCUUAUAAACAAUUUAGUUCUAACGAUCCUGAUAGUCGUCUUUGGGAUGUAGUGCAGGAAUCAACUCGUCAAGGUGUUAAAGAGCUUUUAUUAGUCGCUCUUGCCAAUGAAUCUGAUCAAAGCACUAGACAUAAAGUUUCUGAUACUGUUGCUGAAAUUGCUAGAUUUGAUUUAGUAGAAGGAAAUAAAUGGGAUUCUUUGUUAAAGGCUUUAUUUGAAUGUUCUCAGUCACCUAAUGCUGCCCAUAGAGAAUCUGCUUUCCGUAUAUUUGCUACUGUUCCAGACUUGAUUGCUGGUCAACACACCGAUGCUCUUAAAAAUGUCUUUUUAGCUGGUUUAAAUGAUUCUGAAAGUCAAUCAGUUCGUUUGGAAGCUAUGAAAGCAGCCGCUGCAUAUAUUGUUCAAGCUGACGAACAAGCACAAAAGAGUUUAGGUACUUUGAUGCCUCAUAUGCUUGAUCCUUUAUCACCUGUUAUUGCUGCUCGUGAUGAUUCAACCCUUGUCGAUUGUCUUGUUGUCCUUAUUGAAUUGGCUGAUAGUUGUCCUAAGCUUUUCCGACCUGUACUUCCUAAUGUCUUGAGUGUUAUGGUUUCUGUUGCUAAAGACAAGUCUUUUGAUGAUCGUUCACGCCAAACCGCUUUGGAAUUGUUGUUAACUUUGGCUGAAGCAGCUCCUGCUAUGGCUCGUAAGGUUCCUAACUUUGCUUCUGAAAUCAUUCCUGUUGCUAUGGAAAUGUCAACUGAUAUUGAUGAUGAUGAAUCAUGGUAUACUACUGAUGAUUUGGAUGAGGAUGAUAAUGAGGAAAACUAUGUUAUGGGUGAAAGUACAUUAGAUAGAAUUGCCCGUACUCUUGGUGGUAAGGCUGUUGUUCCUAUUUGUUUCCAAUAUAUUCCUCAAAUGCUUCAAUCAAAUGAAUGGCAGCAAAGACGUGCCGCUCUUAUGGCUAUUUCCUCUAUCGGCGAGGGUUCUAUCAAGAUUAUGAAGCCUGAACUUUCUAAUAUUAUCAAUAUGAUUUUACCUUCUUUCAAGGAUGCUCACCCUCGUGUUCGUUAUGCUGCCUGUAACACUAUUGGACAAAUGUCCACUGAUUUUGCUCCUUAUCUCCAAAAGCACUUCCAUGAAGUUGUUGUUUCUUCUCUUUUACCUGUUAUGGAGGAUCCUCAACCUCGUGUUCAAGCCCAUGCAGCUGCUGCAAUGGUGAACUUCUGUGAAGAAGCUGAUAAAAAAAUUCUUGAUCCUUACCUUAAUGCCAUCUUUGACCGUCUCUUGAUCCUUCUUAAGACUUCUAAGACUUAUGUUCAAGAGCAAGCUAUUACCACUAUUGCCACUGUUGCUGAUUGUGCUGAGGAUCGUUUCAAUAAAUAUCAUGACGCUAUCAUGCCUCUCUUGCUCAACAUUCUUCAUCAAGCUGGAGAUAAACAAUAUCGUCUUUUACGUUCUAGAGCCAUUGAGUGUGCUUCUCUUAUUGGUCUUGCUAUUGGUAAAGAAGUUUUUGCUCCUUAUACCGCUGAAUUUAUCAACAUCCUUGCUGGCAUUCAACAAUCUAUUACAGAACCCGAUGAUAUUCAAACCACCUACCUUUUGGCUGCUUGGGCUCGUAUGUGUAAGAUGAUGGGUCAAGACUUUUUACCUUAUCUUCCUAAUAUUAUGCCUCCUCUCUUGCAAUCUGCUAAGCUUACACCUGAAUUUACCUUUGUUGAUCCUGAAGAAGAAGAUAUUGAUUCCAAGUAUCCUUCAGAUGAUGGCUGGGAAUUCGUUGGUAUCAAUGGCCAACAAAUUGGUAUCAAAACUUCCGUAUUAGAAGAGAAAUAUACAGCUAUCGAAAUGCUCACCAGUUACGCUCGUGAUUUAGGAGCUGGUUUCUUACCUUAUGUUGGUCCAGUUCUUGAAAUUGCUUUGCCUUUACUUAAAUUCUACUUCCAUGAUGGUGUUCGUCAUGCUGCUGCCUCUCUUAUCCCUCUCCUUUUAAAGGAUGCUAAAGAGGCUAACGUUGCUCCCGGUGAGAUUGCUAACAUGUGGAAUACCAUUUUUGAAAAACUUUGCAAGAUUUUGACUAUUGAAGAUGAUAUUACCUUCUUAGCACAAACCUACGCUACUUUCUCAGAAUGCAUUGAUGUCUUGGGUGAAAACUGCCUUCAACCUGCACAAAUUGAAAACUUUAUGAAGGGUACAAAUGAACAAUUAGCCAAGUUCCUUAAGCGCUUGAAUGAACGAGAACAAGAAAAACAAGCUGGUGAAUAUGAUGCUGAUGAUGAAGAACAAUUAGCCGACGAAGAAGCCACUGAAGAAGAUGCCCUUAGUGAAAUGGCUCGUGCCAUUCAAUCUUUGUUCAAAAUUUUGGGCCCUGCUUUCUUACCUUACUUUGAUAAGCUUUUACCCUUAAUUGUUCAAUUCCUUCCCCAUCCUAAUAAUGCUGCUCGUCAAUGGGCAAUCUGCAUCUUUGAUGAUCUUAUUGAAUUCACAGGUCCUGCCUCUUUCAAUUAUUCCAAUUACUUCUUACAGGCCAUGGUCGCUGGUAUCUCUGAUAAAGCAAGUGAGAUGCGUCAAGCAUCCGCUUAUGGUGUUGGUGUCAUGGGUCAAUUUGGUGGACCACAAUAUGCAGAUGCUUGUGCUGCUGCCCUCGAGCCCCUUUUCAAUUUGAUCAAUUCUCCCAAUGCUCAUGAUGAUGGCAUCGUGUUUGUAACUGAAAAUGCUAUCUCAGCCAUUGCUAAAAUCUGUAAAUUCAAUAACAGCAAAUUCCAAUUGGAGCCUGUCUUGGCUGCCUGGCUUACAACUUUACCCAUUGUUAAUGAUGAUCAAGAGGCACCUAUUGUCUAUACAUACUUACUUGAUCUUCUUGAAGCUCAACAUCCUAGCAUUUUGGGUCCCAACAAUAGCAACAUCCCUCUUAUAGUUAAAAUCUUUACUGAAGUCUUGGCUGCUGAUAUUUUGUCAACUGAAUUAUCAGCUCGUAUGGUAAACAACAUGAAGUUAAUCUUAGGAGGACUUGAUGAAGCAACUCGUAACCAGUUAUGGAAUGCUAUUCCUGUAGAAACUAGAACUAUUCUUCAAAAGAAGAAUUAUGUAUAA